CGGAGCUCCGGGUUGGUGUGCGGCGUGGUGCCGCGCCCCUGGGCUCGGAGCCGCCGGUCUUCGGGCUGUCGCGCCGGGCGCACGCGGGCCUGCCUAUGGACCGCGCGGCCGUGGCGCGGGUGGGCGCGGUGGCGAGCGCCAGUGUGUGCGCGGUGGUGGCGGGCGUGGUGCUGGCCCAGUACAUAUUCACCUUGAAGAGAAAGACGGGCCGCAAGACCAAGAUCAUCGAGAUGAUGCCAGAAUUUCAGAAAAGCUCAGUGCGCAUCAAGAAUCCUACAAGAGUAGAAGAAAUCAUCUGUGGUCUCAUUAAAGGAGGAGCUGCCAAACUGCAGAUAAUAACAGACUUUGAUAUGACACUAAGUAGGUUCUCCUACAAUGGGAGAAGAUGCCCAUCAUGUCAUAAUAUCAUUGACAACUGUAAACUUGUUACAGACGAAUGUCGAGAAAAGCUGCUGCAGCUGAAGAAGAAGUAUUACGCCAUUGAGGUUGCUCCCGACCUCACUGUGGAAGAGAAGUUCCCUUACAUGGUAGAGUGGUAUACUAAAUCACAUGGUUUGCUUGUUGAACAAGGCAUACCAAAAGCCAAACUUAAAGAGAUUGUGGCAGACUCUGAUGUCAUGCUCAAGUAA